AUGGAGACCGAGACUGUACACGCGCCAUGGACCCGGCGCCCGACCCUGGCCUCUUCCUGGGAUGCCGCAUGCGGAGCCUUGGCCCAGAGUCUCCGUCUCACCCGGGCUGGUCUCGGCGCCCGAGACGCCGACUGGGAGGAGCUGCUGGCGCCGCCCGCCGCAGGCCAGGAUCUGGUGAUUUUGAAAAGGAACCUGAACAGCCAAGAUGAAAACCCCUGCUUCCUUCACCUGAGAUGUGACCCUCAUGGAGGUGAAGAAAUCGUUUCUAUUGGCAUUUUAAGCUCAGCAAGAAAUAUGGAAGUAUACUUAGGAGAGGAGUACUGUGGAACCAGUAGGGGCAAGCAUGUUUGUAAUGGUCUGGAUAACAGUGAACAUGAAAAGAUUACUUUGUACAAAAAAUAUCUAAAAUUGGAGUCUCCCACACAUGCUUGUAAAAUAAAGCUGCUCUCCUUUGGUGAAAAGAACUGUGUGUUCAUCAGUAAAGUUGUGGUGCACAUGAGGCCAGUCUCGGCACAUUCUUCAGCAGGCUCUCCUGCUCUAGGAUCAAGGAUAGACCUGGAGAGGGUCCAAACUAUCAUGGAGUCCAUGGGGUCAAAGUUAUCACCUGGAGCUCAGCAGUUGAUGAAUAUGGUGAGAUUACAGCAGCAGAGUUGUGUUGCCCUCGGAGAGCAGCUCCAGUCGAUCCUGGGAAACGCAGGACACAGGCACGUGCCGGGACUGCAGUCCUCGUCUGCUCCGGGAGCCUUCGGCAAGUCAUCCUCCACACCUUUUCCUUUCAGAACUGGGCUGACAUCUGGAAACGCGACUGAAGACUCGGAAGCUAACACUGAGAAAAGUCUGCAGCCAGCUGGUGGAGGAAGUCUGAGCAGCCUCCAAGAGUGUAAAGUUGUGCCACAAAGCCGUUUGCUUCUUGAGAAUGACCUGAAGAAUGCAGUAUCUGCUUUCUUAUCAAAGAAAGCAGGUGACAGCUCACACAUACCUAACUCGGAGUUGCUGCCUUUUCUCCAGAAUUUGUGUGGUCAGGUGAGCCAUUCUCAGGUGGGACCCGGCAUCAAGUGGCAGGAGAGCAUCCCGAAGCCCGGCGGAGGCACUGGGGGUGUCACACUGGAAGAGCAAUCCAUUUGUUGCUACUUGGAAAAGAUUCUUUCUAAAAAUAUGGAACUGAUGGAAAAGAAACUUACAGACUACAUUGAUCAGCGAAUAUAUAAACUCCAGGAGCACAUAGAUAAUAAGCUUGCUUUGUUAAUGGACUUGCUGCAACGUCCCAACUCCCCACCCUCUGGGUUGCCUCUGAGACAUUAUGACUCUGGAGAAGGACUUUCAAAUGGAGAAAGAUAA